CCCGCCGCACGCGCCGAAGCCCGGCCGUUUACCGGAGAGCAGCUGGUCCAGGCCGGAUCCCCCCGUGGCCGGUGUGGAGCACUUUUGAAGACGGGCGGAAAGUGUGUGAUGAGUCCGAGCCUGGAAAGCAGCGAGAACUUGCUCUGCAGCCGGAGUUCUUCUUUCAUUGUUAUUGUGGCUUAAAAACCUCCAAUCCGGUCAAAGUUCGCGUCCGCCGCGUCCAAAGUCCGACCAAAGUGCUUUAGUGGGCGGAACAUGGACGUACCGGGCCUGCAAGAGGCGCUGAAAGUGGAAAUCCAAUGUCAUCAGAAGCUGGCGGUCCACAGUAGGCCCGUUGGGACGACAAAGGCUCUGUCCCUCAUCAAGCCCUCUGGCCAGAGCAUCGCCAUCUCUGUGGUUCCGGCCAAGACUCCUGUCUCCAUGGUGACGACACACAUGAACGGUCAAAAGGCAGCGGGCCCCGAGCCGCUGCAAAUCAGUCCCAUUGAUCUACAGGCAGGCGGCAGAGCGCCCCCCACUGGAGUACGCCCGCAUGCCACUAACAAGAGAACCGGGGAACUUGCUCCCCCGCAGGUUCUGGGAGCUCUCACGGCUGUGCCCGUCAAGAUGCCCCAUGUGGGCUCACUGCAGCAGUUAGCGGGACACACGGCCUCCGUCCUGCCACAGGUCCGGCCAAAGACCCAGAUCCCUGACAGCCUGCCCCCCCCUCCCUGCCAGGAGCUGCAGCCGCUCAGCCUGCAGAGGGCCGCCACCGUGCUCUGCCCCAGGAGCCAGGCCCCCACGCUGCCCACCGCCAACAGCACCUUCAGCCCCAACGGCCAGAGGGACGCCUCGCCGCCCACCCUUCCUCUGCAUGUCCCCCUGGGGGGGGGCGACUCCAACAGCGCCACUCAGCAUGCGACUGCUGGGCCUGGCGUGGCGUACGCCAUCAUCGCUGCUUCCCCCGGCAACAGCGCGUCCCCCGUCAGCGAGGCCGUGAAGUCCUUCACCUGCUUUCAGGUGAUCAUAAUCCAGCCUCAGGCCCCACCCACCACUGGGGGCUCCCCAAGGGCCCAGCCUGACCUCCUGCCACAGGACGUCCCACCCCCGCCGAAGGCCCUGCCUCUGAAGAAGGACCAGGACUCCGAGAAAGUCGCCUUCAUGGUGGCCCUGGGGCUCGUCACCACCGAACAGCUGGAAGAGAUCCAGGCCAGGAGGCAGGAGAGGAAGAGGAGGAGCACAGCUAACCCCGCCUACAGCAGCCUGUUCGAACCCGAGCGGAAGCGGCUGACAUCCCACUACCUGAGCAGCUUCCUAUCGGCAAGAGACUCUGAGGAUUUCUGCUGGAAGGUAGGUCACCGGACUCUGGCGCCGCACCUAGGCAGACGUGGUCUCUGUGGCGCCGCCGCUGAUGGCGUCUGCGUGUCGUUUCAGGAUGACGUGGAGCACGAGGAGCGCUGCGCCGUCUGUAAGGAGGACGGCGAGCUGCAGCCCUGCCACAACUGCCCCCGCGUUUUCCACCCCACCUGCCUGCACCCGCCCCUCAGGACUCCGCCCAGAGGACCCUGGUACUGCCCCAAGUGUCAGAAGAAGGUGCUGAACAAGGAGAACGCGUCAUGGCCGCACAGCUUCGUCCAGUCCUACGUGACGCACAAGACGGUGAGGCAGGAGGAGAAGAGGAGGCUGCUGAGGAGGAACAGCGAGCUGCAGAGGGAGUGCGCUCACCUGCAGGAGGAGGACCAGAAAGUCCACAGCACGCUCAAACUCUGCAUGGACCAGCGGGAGCGUCUGCUCGUCCUGAAGAGAGACACGCAGACGUCCCUGGACCGCCUCCGAGCGCUGGUCCGGAUGAUCCAAGGCGAGCAGCUCGUCCAGGUCACCAUGACCACCACUGUGCCCGCCCCCUCACGGAUCAAAACCACCACCGGCGCCAGCCCGGGCCCCUCCGCGCCGCCCCGCCAAACCAGCCAGGUGGACGUUAACGUCUAGCCUGCCGCCGAACGUCCUGAUGGGGGGCGGGGCGAUGUGCUGAGGUCAUCUCUUUUGAAGAGGCUCCGCCCUCCACAGUGUUUGAAACACCGUCAGUGCUUACGAGAUUUCUUUGAGUUCUUUUCCAUUUAUUCUUGGCCUUAAAGUAUUUAUGACCGGACUCCAGCGUUGCAGAGGAAACGUCCAACCAGACUCUUGCGGCGAAUGGCGGCCUCGCCAGCAGCGUUCCUGCCAUGAGGCUUGAGGAAGCGCCUGAAGGCGGCGCCGCCGAGAGUCCAGACAAACCCUGUUCAGUAUUAUAGAGAAUCUCAAAGGAAACUACAGAAAUUAGCGUUCUAGUGAAAAAGUUUGUCUUUUCAUGUGACGCCUGAAGGCGGGGCUCCAGCUCCGGAGGCCCCGCCCACAUCCAAGUUCAAAACUGAGCCGCCAAACAACCGCUUGGCUCUGAGAAACCAGAGGCUUCCCGCCCAGCAGAACCACAGCGGCGCCGCUGCUUCUGUCGGAGCUCAGAAAGCAUUAUGGGAUGUUCUGGCUCCUGUCUGUGUCGCACUGGGCGGACCAACAACAGUCCGCUGUACCUGAACAAACACACCAGGGGCGUGUCCAUGAAGCCCCGCCCACUUCAGCCAGAAUGAAAGAUGCCAAAACUGUUUGUUUUUAUUUGGACCCGCUCAUCGCAUCACGUCUCAUGAGCGCCGCCUUCGCCACGCCGCUCAGGGAGGGUGGACCUGUGGGGGGGUCACUGCCCCCCAGGUCCGUAGGCAUCACCUGUCUUCCUGCUGAUUUCUGCCUUUUCUUUGUUUGAUGCUCCUGGUGACUGAGGGGCGGGGCGGUGGGGGUGUGUUCAGAACCAUAUCAGCUUUAAAGUGGGGGGGGGGGGGGUCUGUUCUGAAGCGUUUUCAGAACCUGUGUCUGGUCUGGGUUGGACCCAAAGUCAGUGUGAAACGGAUCAACUCAUCGUUUUGGUGCCAUGUGAUGCAUCUCAUGACGCAUAUCGUCACCCUGAUGCUCCGCCCCCUUUUACACCGCCGUCCCUCCUCUGCAGAGAAACUGAGCGGUUCUAUUUUACUGAGCGACACGCGAACAAAAGUUUUUUUUAUUCUCUCACAGAAACAGAGGGCUCGCUUUCUGUCUUCUGAACUCAGACUCUGGCGGCAGUUCCAUGUUUCUCCAGCAGGCGGCGCCACUGUGAAGAAAAGGUAGAUCUGGUUUGUGUAGAGCGCUGUGUGGAUAGUGUGUAUAGGAAAGUGUUUGUCUUAAAAUGCCAACGUAGUUUUUCUUCUCUGCCGCAUAAAGACACGACGGACGCCGGUCCCGGUAGAAUCACUUUUGUACGAAGUUCUUAUGAAAAUAUGAAUCAUCAAUAAACAAACUCAAGAACAA